UCCAAAUACCAAACAAUAAACAUUAUGUUUAUUAUUACAUUUAAUUUUUAAAGAGGUGACUGUUUGAAACUUUUUCUGAAAUGGCAAACUGGAUGGACGAUGGAUGCCUUAACUCUUGAAAAUAAAAAUAUAAAGAAUAAAGAUAAAGUGUAUGAUAAUGUACGAACUUCAGUGGCAAAUAGGAAUAAAUUUAUAAAAUCUCAUUCAAGAAAAUCGAAAUCACGAAGGAGCGACAUCGGUUACGAAGAAGACGACGAAGAUUCUAUUUAUUCCGAUACAUAUUCUAAUAAUGGAAGAUCAAAUGGUCGUGUUAAAGCGCCUCGCGUCCAAAUUACCGAUGGUCUAGAACCAUGUAGUUGUUUUCCAAAACGAAGUAACAAACACAUAUCGUCCAUGUUAUAUGAAGGACUCGAAUGUAAACACAGCGGUUUGAAGGGUGAACCUCACGCUGGGGUUUAUAAUUUUGCAAAUGACUGGAGAAACGAAUUUGAGGGACCGGAUCCAGAAGGUAUUAUGCCUCAAAAAACAAAUUUUGUGCUUGGAUAUCCCAAACCUGUUAACCUGGAUCCUGAUACGGAUUACGACGACGAGUACAGUGAACCAGAUUAUAGAGAUACUCGGCAAAGUGACAGGAAAACGAAUCUAAUUUCAAAAGAAAAGCGUGAAAGUGUGUCUAAAAAGAGCCUAAAGCCAAAAACUAAGCCAGCGAAAGAGAAACAAGAAAAAGAAAAAGAAACUCCCUUUGGCGGCCUGUUAGAUUUUAUGGAAGAAGAUGAAGAAGACCCGAAACCAGAAUCUAGACAAGUUACGAAAGGGAUGCCUAUUUCCCUUCCACGUAUAGGAUACUCCCCUCCUCCUCCGCCAUCACGUGAGCGUCUAUCGGCGAGAUCUGUGGCACGUUCGUUACCACCGUUACCGGAAAGUCCCUUUCUGAGUCGUCAGAAAAAGACACGCACAUAUAAAAGUAAUACAUCAGAAGUAGAUGAAAUAAGUGACGAAAAUGAUGAAGACAAUUACAGUUAUGAUGAAACUCAGGUACGACGAAGUAAACGACCGAUGAAAGGUUAUGAGUCGUCACCUAGAAGGUUUAAAGGUCAUUAUUAUGAUACAGCAACGAAGAAAACGAGAACAUACGAAAUAACGCCCAACUUUCGGAAAGGACUUGGAGAAUGGAAUGCAUACAUUAACGACAGAAACAGACAAACCUCUAUGAUUACUGGACUCCAAGGUAGGCGGACGACGAAUGGUAAUUUUUACACACGUGACAAUAAUGUUGUACCGGAAGACGACGAAUAUGAUGACGAUGCUGACGAUUAUGAAGAGGAAGACAAAAAACCUGUACCAAAUAAAUUUCUGAGCAAAUUUAAAAAUAAAAAAUAAAAACUUCUACAGGAUGAAAAUUUACUCAGAAAAUUGUGUACUUUUUACGCGCCCUUUUCCGGAUUUACAUUCAUCGGGAAGUUUCAAACACAAAACAUUGAAAUGCAAUGUUGCACCAAUACUUGAGACGUCUGAGGUGAUAAGACCAAAACGAGCAUAAAAAAUAGCAAUCUGUAC